UUUUUUUUAUCCAUAUAAAAAUCGUUCUCUUUCAUCUUUAUUUUCUUUUAUUUUCUUUUACUUUUUUUACUUAAAGAUGUCUGUUGCUAUUAGUGAGAAAUUAUCUGGUGAGGGACAAAUACGUCGUUCUAUUCUAGCUGAAGAGGAGAUUGUGGAUACACCUGCUCAAGGUGUUCAUACCUUAUAUGAUGUUUUACAAUAUUGUGUUAAGAGACGUGGUGACAAGAACGCGUUUGGUUAUAGAAAUGUAGAAAAGAUAGUAUCCGAGGAAAAGGAAGUCAUCAAGGUAGUAGAUGGUGUCGAAACAAAGCAAAAGAAGAUUUGGAACUAUUUCCAAUUAUCCCCUUAUCAUUACAUCACUUACAAAGAAGCAUCAGAUGUGGCUCAUCAGUUAGGUUCAGGUCUUGUUCAUCUUGGAUUAUCAACUCACUCCAAGAUUGAAAUCUUUGCACCUACAAACGUCAAUUGGAUGCUCAUGGCUCAUGGUGCCUUCACACAAAACAUGGCUAUUGUUACUGCUUAUGAAACAUUAGGUCCCGAAGGAUUGCUACACUCGAUGAAUGAAGCUGAAGUUGAAGCAGUGUACACGACCCCUGAUCUCUUCAAGACUUUGGCUACCGUCUUGCCUCAAUGUACAGUAAAGCCUAUUGUGAUUUAUAGCGGAGAAGCAAAAGAAAAGGACAUUGCCUCCAUUCAGGAACACACCAAGAUCUAUAGCAUUGAUGAAUUGAAAAAAUUGGGUCAGGAGCAUUUAAAGAAACCUGUUAAACCUGGUCGUGAUGAUUUAUGUUGUAUCAUGUACACUUCUGGUAGCACAGGUGCACCCAAGGGCGUAAUUUUGAAUCACUCUAAUCUUGUCGGAGCUAUUGCUGGCGUCGACACACUUCUUGGACAUAUUAUCAAUGAAGAAGAUACCAUGAUGGCCUAUCUUCCUUUGGCCCACGUUCUUGAGUUUCUUGUAGAGAACCUUUGUCUCUUUUGGGGUGUCUGCUUAGGUUACGGUUCACCACGUACCUUGACUGAUACAUCUGUACGCAACUGCAAGGGUGAUAUCAAGGAAUUUAGGCCUAGUAUUAUGACAGGUGUGCCAGCCGUAUGGGAAUCAAUUCGUAAGGGUAUCCUGUCGAGCAUUGCCAAGACGAGUCCUGCUGCCCAAGCCAUUUUCAACCGCGCAUUUGCUAGCAAGUCCUGGUUGAUGGAACGUGGACUACCUACAGGCUUUUUGGAUUCACUUGUCUUUAACAAGAUUCGUGAACAAGUUGGUGGUCGUUUGAGAUAUGGUCUCUCUGGAGGUGCACCUUUAGCUCAUGAGACGCAACAGUUCUUGUCUGUUUGUUUAGCACCUAUUUUGGGUGGCUAUGGUAUGACAGAGUCAGUGGCUAUGUGUGCUAUUAUGACACCAGAACAAUUUUCUGUUGGACCUGUUGGAGCUCCAGUACCAUGUUGUGAGAUCAAGUUGGUAGAUGUACCAGAAGCAGGUUAUCUUUCAACAAAUGAACCUAAACCUCAAGGAGAGAUUUGGGUUCGUGGAUCUUCCGUGACCAAGGGGUACUUUAAGCAAGAGGCAUUGACAAAGGAAACGAUCACUGAGGAUGGUUGGUUACGAACGGGUGAUGUAGGAGAAUGGAAUGCGGAUGGCACACUCUCUGUGAUUGACCGUAUCAAGAACCUUGUCAAGUUGAGUAAUGGUGAAUAUAUCGCAUUGGAAAAGUUAGAGUCGGUCUACAAGACGGCACUUGGAGUAAGCAAUAUCUGUGUAUAUGGUGAUUCACUACGUCCACGUCCAGUUGCGAUUGUGAUGCCAAUUCAUUCAAAGGUGAUGGAAAUGGCAAAGUCAUUAGGUGUUGAAAAGCAAUCAUUUGAGGAAUUAUGUGAAGAUGUUGAAGUGAAAAAAGCAUUCUUGGCAAGUUUACAAGGACAAGCCAAAGAGGCUAAAUUAAAACCAGCAGAAUUGAUUGCUGAUAUUUAUUUGACACACGAAGAAUGGACUUCUGAAAAUGGAUUUUUGACAGCUGCACAGAAAUUAAAACGCAAUUAUAUCAAUAAGCAUUAUAAAGAACAGUUAGAUGCCAUGAAUGCUGCACAAAAGGUUUAAAUAUCAGUGCACAUUGAUGUGUAAAUACAUGUUUAUAUCCUAUUUUGACUCCUUAAUCCCCAACCACUUUUUUUUAUAUAUAUAAAUGUUGUCAAACUUUUUUCUUAUAAAUAUGUAUUAAGGGGCAACACAGAAAUGGGAGAUGACAGUUCAUCCUUAGUAUCACCACCCCUCUUUUCUUCUUUCUAAAGGUGGAUCAAACAUUGAUGUGGGGUACAAUAAUAAUAGAUAUAUAAAAAAACGUGUUUCUCGGUCUUUUAAUUGGGUCUAUCCCGUAUGCAAAUGUGUGGAGACAAACAAAUCCACCGAACCAUAUAAACAUAUGACCCCAGAAUACUUAAUAAACUGUUGCUGUAAAGAUUGGUCCAAUUGAAGACAUUGUAU